UAGCAAACUGCAAAAGUAGGAACGUCGAGCGACCUGUGAGCCUGUGUGCGUCUACCAAAAACGUAUAGAAAUACGAUUAUUUUUUGAUAGAACAGAAUUAUCGCAGCAGUAUCGGCAGCAGCAACAUUUAAAGGCUUCAUUUCCCAGAUCAACUUCACGGCACGCUCGCAAAGCAUUUCAAAACAGCUUGCACCGAGAGGUUUACAGGCUGCAUGGUAAGCUGGAUCUGAUGCAUGACAUUUGCAUGAGCCCAUUGAGUCUUGGUGUGGGACCGACACUGAUCAGCCAUGGCACAGACUUUACACGUUAACAGCAUCCACUCAGAGAAUGAUGAGGCUGAGAAAGACCCUUACUACUUGGAAACACCUUAUGGUUUUCAGCUAGAUCUGGACUUCCUCAAGUAUGUGGAUGACAUUGAGAGGGGCAACACCAUCAAGAAGCUGAACAUUCAAAGGCGGCCCAAGCCCCCUAAGUCACUUGUGGUCUCCCAGGGCAGCGUGAGUGGCCAGACAGAGUGGACUUCAACUGACUCCCUGUCUUCCUCUAACAGCGAUGAGAGCAAGCAGUCACCCAUUUACUACACAACCAGGAACCAGCUAACCUCUCUGAGUCGUCCGGCUCUGGUCCAUGAGGUACCCCAAACCUUUCUGAGUGCGCCUGAGGCAAAGGAGCAGCUGCCUCCCCCUUCUCCCCGUCUCCCACGGCACAACGCUCAAGUGGAGAAGACCCUGAUGGAGACGCGCAGGCGGUUGGAGCAAGAACGGCUUCUAAUGCAGCCACCCUCCAGUGAGCCUCCUCGAAGGCGAUUGGCCAGUUUCGGAGGAAUGGGCUCCAGCAGUUCUUUGUCCUCGUAUGGUGGUGGUUCAGUGGGUGCAAGCCAGAUCUCACCCAGCUCACUCCCUAUGCAUCAUAAUGGACACCUGGCUAAUGGUGAAUACAACCCCUACUUCACUGCCUCAGUAGGAAACUCCAUCCGACACAGUCCCCUUAGCUCAGGUAUGACCACACCUGUGACCAACGUCAGCCCCUUGCACUUGCAGCAUAUCCGUGAGCAGAUGGUGGUGGCUCUAAAGCGUCUGAAAGAGUUGGAAGAGCAGGUGAAAACCAUCCCAAUCCUACAGGUCAAGAUAUCGGUCCUGCAGGAAGAGAAGAGACAGCUGGUAUCGCAGAUUAAGAACCCAAAACUGGCAGGACAGGGUCUGGAAGGGGGGUUCCGGAAACGCUCAUACAGUGUGGGCAGUGCUGACCAGUACAAGCCCCUGUCUCAGUUACAGAAGAACUCAGAACUGCACAUAGAUGAGACAGCGAACACAGAGCAGAGCACCCAGAGGCUGCUGGAGUUCCGACAGCUUACGGCAGACAUGCAAGCCUUACAGAAGAAGACCCAGGACCAUAGCACGGAGCCUGAGCCCAGCUUAUGCCAAACGCUAAACAGCCCUAAUCAAAAUACUUUGCUGAAACCAUUGGGUGGUGAGCACAAGUCCGUUGGCGUUGGCACCGAUGAGCAUAUGAACAGCAUGGUUUUCUCUGGCAGGUUGCCAGGGCGAAGCCAGGAUGUUGCCAUCGGGACAGAGUUUCAAACACGGAGUGUGGCGGUUGGGGUGACUGAAGCCAUGUUGGGGGUUAGCACGGAGGUGGAGACUGAAAUUGAAAUGCAACAUCAGACCAUCGAAGCCCUGAAGGAGAAGGUGUACCGCUUGGAAGUGCAGCUGAAGGAGACCACCCAUGAGAUGGAAAUGGGAAAACUCAAGCUGGAGCUGCAAGCAGCUGGCUCAAGAAAGAAGGUUGACAAGAGCUUGAUGGCUAGACCAGAGAUGUACAACACUGCAGUGGAGGCAAAGAUCUCUACACAGAGUCAAGGGGUUGGUAAUCAUUCGGAGGUGAAUGGCACUAGCACAAGUUGUGUCCCACAAACACAGACAGUGGGUAUAAGCUGCCAACCAGCCACAGAGCAUGUUGCUGUAGGUCCAGAGAUACCUAUGGGUCGAUGGGUGGUGGAGGAACGGGUGGAGGUUUGUGAAAUGGGAAUUAACACAGAGGAGAUGGUGGAGGCAUUAGGAGAGUCCAAAAAGGAGGUAGAAUGUGCGAAGGAGUUUAGGUCCAUUGGAUCUGGAAGCUGUUCUGUGGAUGUAAUUGUCAGUCCUGUUAAAGAGCUGAUCACCCAGGGCACACUGACUGAUGCGGUGACCAAAAUGAACUUGGGAGUCAUGGUCUUGCCUGAAACCUGUUCUCAAUACACAAACACAGAAGUGAAAACAAUUAGCAAGUUCACUAACACAGAUAAGACAACCCUCCUUGAUUCUUGCACCACCACUCAGCUUUCCACAGAAGACAAGCAAACUAACACCAUACCUAUGGAGAGUCGCACAGUUGCUGUGGGAGAUGGUUUAGUAAAAGAUGCGCUGGCCACUGUGAAGACACGCUCGAUAGCAGUGGGCACCACAGCAGCUGGAGAGGCAAACCAUGAAAAGCUAUCCACAGCCAAAACCAAAGAUAUUGGGGUCGGAUAUGCUAACAUCCAUGAGAACUUUCUGGUGGGACUCAAGACCAGAAACAUAGCCUGUGGACCUUCUCAGCCUACCCCUCCACCACACACCUGGAAUGUGUCCGUUGGAGACUCGUUGGGGACAGAGUGCCUGCAGCCACCCCUGGAGGCUGGAGUGGGCCUGGAUCACUACAUAGAACGAGUGCAAAAGCUCUUGCAGGAGCAACAGAUGCUGCUAGCGGAGAACUACAGUGAGCUGGCUGAAGCAUUUGGACAGCCUCAUUCCCAGUUCAGCUCAAUCAACAGCCAACUGGUAAACACGCUUUCAUCAAUCAACUCAGUCGUGAAGUAUGGAAGUGUGGAGGAGCUCCACAAUAAAGACCAUCUCAAACUUCAAGUAGACUCUCAAGAUGCUAAACAAGACUCACAGACAGCCAGUGACAUCAGCACCUCAUCAGUCACUGUUAGGACAGAGAUCAGAGGGUCACCACAGAGUGUGCCAACAGAUGACUCAAGAUCACAAACACCAGAGCAGAGUGCUUUGACACAACAGAUGAACUCUGCUCUGCAUGGCCAGCCGUGCAGUCAGAGCACCCUGAAGUCCAUAAUGAAAAAGAAAGAUGGCCGCCAAGGUUCUAGCAGUACCAAAAAGAACCUGCAGUUUGUAGGUGUUAAUGGAGGGUAUGAGACAACAUCUAGUGAUGAGUCCAGCUCAGAGGACAGUAGUUCUUCAGGAUCCGAAGAUGAAGAUGACGACUACAAAGAAAGGAUAGAGAAAACAGAGGAAAGGGUCAAAGAGGAAUUGGGUAAUGAGGGAGAAGUGAAAGCCAGAAGAAGGGUUGAAGAGACAGAUCCAGGAAAGGAGGAGACAAGAGAAAGGUAUGAGUUAAGUGAGAAGAUGGUGUCUGCAUGCAAAGCCCUGCAAACUUAUCUCAAUGAUCCUGAAGCUUUAUCCAGCAAGGACUUGAGGGCUUGUCUUAACACGGUCCAGCAUGAGUGGUUCCGCGUGUCCAGUCAGAAGCUGGCCAUUCCAGCCAUGGUGGAAGAUUACCUGAAUGCUUUCAGAGUCAUUUCGCCAGCUGUUCUCCAGCACAUUGUCAACAUGUCUGAUGGCAAUGGAAACACUGCCCUCCACUACAGUGUGUCUCACUCCAACUUUGACAUAGUCAAAAAACUGCUCGAUGCAGAUGUCUGUAACGUCAAUCAGCAGAACAAGGCUGGCUAUACACCCAUCAUGCUGGCAGCACUGGCUGCCGUGGACGCCCACAAAGAUAUGCAGAUAGUGGAAGAACUGUUCGGCAAAGGAGAUGUCAAUGCCAAAGCCAGCCAGGCGGGACAGACAGGGCUGAUGCUAGCUGUUAGCCAUGGCAGGAUGGACAUGGUGAAGGCUCUGCUGGCCUGUGGGGCAGAUGUGAACAUCCAGGAUGAUGAGGGGUCCACGGCGCUCAUGUGUGCCAGCGAACAUGGACAUGUGGAGAUAGUCAAGCUGCUGCUGGCUCAGCCGGACUGUGACGCCACCCUUAGAGACAGUGAUGAGAGCACGGCCCUGUCCAUUGCUCUGGAGGCUGGACACAAGGAUAUUGCUGUGUUACUCUAUGCUCAUGUUAACUUCUCCAAAGCUCAGUCACCGGGAACACCCAGACUUGGCAGGAAAACCUCCCCCAGUCCAACCAGGAGGGGCAUAUUUGAUUAGGGAUCUAAUCCUGACCACCCCACCCCCCCUCCACCACCACCACUACCACUACCACCACCACUAUCACCAUUGCUGCACUGCACCACACCAGUCAGGCUGAAGCACCGUUCUCUACAUAUGCAAACAUCAAGGACACAGCUUUUUCUUUGUGUCUUUCCUCUGGCUCUUCUUUCUUUGGUGUUCUCAGUCAUGUUUUAGAACCUAUGUUGACUGGGUGACUGAAUCUGGUCACUUAUGCGGGAGAGGUCUGGACUCAUUGUGAAAGCAUGAAGAGUUACAAAUGCAUUUUAUGUCAGAGAUCACCAGCACUAGUCCAUUAUAGAGAAACCCAAGCCUUUGCAUCAGUGUUUUACACUGGAGCUUUACUGCAGACACCCUCUACAUCACAUUAUGAUGACACUAAUAUUGAAUACAAAUAUUUCUCCAUGUUUUAGCCAUGUUGUUUCUACUUUUCAUUUGUGUAUGUACAGCCCUGAGUUUAAUCAGUAGUUUUAUGGGCUUAAUAAUCAGAGAGAUCUUACAGAAUAUUUACCAGAGCUCUGUACUGAAACUAUCAUUUUACAUACUGUCCUCUUUGAAGCUCAUCAAAACCCCAAAUUAUUCAACUGACACGACAGGCUGAAAUUUCAAAUCAUCCAAUCAUCAUUUUAAACUCGUACUAUAUUUAGAUUGGGAAUGGACUCUGAUUUUAUACAUUUUAUCUGUUUAAAAAAAGCAUAUUUUUGGAAUUUCCUAUGACAUUUUAACACUACAUGAAGUUAAAUAUAUUUAUCAAUUAAAGGUUUUUUAUUGCAAAUGUAAUUGUAUUUUCAGUGUACAUAAUGUAUGUUUUCAGUAUGUGGAUGUCAUAAUUAUAAAACCCUAUAUCUGUACAAUAGGCUGCCCUGUCUUAGAGUUUAUUGGGUACUUUACUCAUAAAUAUGAAUUUUAGAUACCUUUAUACUUAACUAUAAAUUGAAUGAAAAUGGCAUGAAUCUUCCUAGCACUCUUCCCCUCACAGAUGAAAACAUCUUGAAAUCCCUGUGGUUGAUUUUUAACUCACCGUCUCCCUCUUCUGGUGUCUGUUGGCAUAUACAGUUGAUGUAAUUUAUUUCUCAAUAUGUUA